UCAUCCCUCCAGAACUACCUGCAGUGGACAGAAUCGAGUAAUAUGCCAGCAGUGAUUGAUGAAUUGCUGGAUGGUGCACAUCUAUUAUGGAUUGGUCUGAAACGGUGGGAUCAAGUCAUUUUGUAUUGUCAUGGAGGAGCUUACAUGAUGAGCUGCUCCGAAAAUAUCAUGACAUUUUGCCAAUACCUCCAGGUAGAGCUUGAGCAACGCAAUAUCCAUGUCGGCAUUGCAAUUCUAGCUUACAAACUCCUCCCAGAUAACCCUUUCCCAACCCAAUUAUGCAAAGAUAAAGCCACGUUUGAUACGCUCUUCAAAGCAGGGGCGAAGCCCAAAAAUAUCACACUCACAGGAGCAUCUGCCGGUGGGAACCUUGUCCUCCAAAUGCUUGCCCACAUCCUCCAUCAUCACGCAUCCAUCGAACCAAUCCCAGAGAUGCGCUUCUGUGGCAUAUUCCUCAUGUCUCCCUGGGUGUCCAUGAAGGAAGACCGGGAGCUACCCCAGCACCUGCUUGAAGCGAAGCACAAGUACGACAGUUUGAGUUCUUUCUAUGGGCGGCACGCAUGUCAAGUGCUCUUGAAAGACAUCCCUGAUGCAGACAUCCAAUUAAUUGAUCCUUUGGAAGCGCCAGAGGACUGGUUUAAGGGUAUCGAAAGACUCACAGAUAGCAUAUUUGUGAUGUGGGGAGAAGUGGAGUGUUUA